GCUGCAGGCCAGUCUGGAGCCUUGAGGCUUGCCUGAGGACAAUAGGGGAGACCAAGAAACACUAAAGAAGGAACAAAGAGAUCAAAAGCCCAAGGGACAGAGCCUGAACCCCAGAGAGAGACCAACAGACUUCCAGUGGCCACUGAGGUGCCAGGAAAGAAGGUCUGAGAGGCAGUUGGCAGACUGUUGAGUGCACCUAGGGACUGGCUUGGCCCUCUACCACCACAUGUCCCGGAAGUCCCAAUCUGGCCAGCAAAGCAACCCGUCAGAUGUUCUCCCAGAAGAUCCCGACAAUGACGCCCAAGAUGAGACCUCAGAGCCUUUGCCCAAUCCCAACAGGUUAAGUGUCCAGGACCCUCCAUCCAUUCUGCACUCCCGCCGGGCCAGCUUCCAAGAACCUCUACCCGUUACCCACUCUCGCCGGGUCAGCAUCCAAGAACCUCCACCCGUUACCCACUCUCGCCGGGUCAGCAUCCAAGAACCUCCACCCGUUACCCACUCUCGCCGGGUCAGCAUCCAAGAACCUCCACCCAUUACCCACUCUCGCCGGGUCAGCAUCCAAGAACCUCCAUCCAGCACCCACUCUCGCCGGGUCAGCAUCCAAGAACCUCCACCCGGUACCCACUCUCGCCGGGUCAGCAUCCAAGAACCUCCACCCGGUACCCACUCUCGCCGGGUCAGCAUCCAAGAACACCCACCGAUUGUCCACACUCGCCGCGUCAGCGUCCAAGACCAUCCACCCAUUAUCCAAGAGACACUACCCCUAAUCCACACUCGCCGGGUCAGCAUCCAAGAACCUCCACCCAUAAUCCACGCUCGCCGGGUCAGCAUCCAAGAACCUCCACCCAUCUUGCGCACUCGCCGGGCCAGCGUCCAAGAGCCAUCACCCAUUGACAACAGUCUCUGGGGCCGUAUCAAAGAGGCACCAUCCACUGGUAACAUUAUCCAAAAAAGUAUCCAAGAGGCGCCAUCCAUUAGCAGCAUUCUCCAAGACAGGACCCAAGACACACCGUCGGUUACCUACGAUUCCCAUUUGACCACCCAAAUUGUCCCACCAAGUUUCCAAAUUCGCAGCUUAAGUAUUCCAAGGUCUCCGGUAAAGCCCCGCAUCCCCCUGGCCUGUAUUGAGUCAGUUGCCUACAGCAGUCAGAUCAGUUUGGAAGACAACUUGACAACAACCCAGAGUCAAGGCAUCAAGUUCCCAAACCGGGCCAGUGUGGAUGUCCCCCCUUCAAUUACUGACAGCCCUGAGCCCAGCAUGGAAACCAUGGAGUCAAUUCUCUGGACCUCUCAGGAGGAUUUAAAAAACUCUUUGUACAGCCUCCAAUUCAGCAAAAAUACUCCAGAUAGCAACAUCUACAGCAUGCCGCCACGCAGCUCCACAGAGGCCAGUUCUGCCAGGUUUCUGGAAGGGGCUAAACGCAGAUACUCACAGCUGCCCAUAGGCACGAAGCUGCUGCAUGAGGCCAAGAAGAUCAGCCGCCAGCUGAGCCUGGUGAUGAGCCUAUUGGGCACACUGAUCAUCAGUCUCAUCACUCUGGGCCAGCCCUGGGUCCACUUCCAGGUGCCACUGACACCCCCUGGGGGUCCUGCUGACCCUCCGCCCCAGACCAUGCCCAUCAACACCAUCUUCUUUGUGCGGUGUCCUGACAUCUCCUGCCUGCAUGAGCAAGACCACAAUGCUUACUUGCUGGACUCUGCCUGGGCCUUCUUCCUCAUUUCCAGCUUCACCAGCUUCUGCCUCUGCCUCAUACUCAUAGACAUCACCUUCUUCAGCAGCUCCAACGUGCCCCUUCUGGACUUCUCCAACAUCAUCCUCAGCAACCUGACAGGGACCAGCAUGGUACUGGGCGUCCUGUUCUACCUGCUGCAGGCCCGGGAAUUCCUGCAGGAAGGCAUGACCUACAGUCUGGGGCGCAGCUUCUACCUGGCGUGGAUUGGCAUCUUCUUCUUCCUUGCGAUUGGUUUAAUUUCCUACAUGAACUACGUGAAUUUCUGGUACAUCCUGGCACCCCAGGGCGUCUGGACUUAGGACACGGGAAUGAUCCUACUUCCUUCCUGCUCACACCGCUCCCUGCCAAGGAACUCACAAGCCUGCUCUCUGGCCCUCACACCCACCACGACUCUUGUCCCUUUUCAGUCCCCUCUGCAUCUCCCCCACUGAAAAUUACUAAUCGGUAUUUUUAAAUCUGUACUUUUGCCCAGAAUAUGCUUUUGGCUUAGUA